AUGGCCCAUCAUAUGCUGACUACAACCGGAUCGACGUUCACAGGAGGAGAACUUGCUGUAUCUGCUUCACGUCUCUGGAAAACGGCGACAUACGCUAAGGAGCGACUCCAUAGUUUCACUCAGCGAUACAUGCUAGUCGAUGCGAUCUAUCGAAUGAAGGUAGAUGAGGGUAAAUUUCCAGCAAAUAGGAGAACUGAGUGGCUGGAAGACGACGAUCAUGACAUCAAAGCAUUAACUAUGCUGGUUCAAAUAGAGCUAAGACGCUUGGACCGCAAUAUCACGGACAUCGAAUGUGAGCUGACUCGUGCCGAGAAAAUGGUACAGGACGAGAAAGUUCAGAACAAGGAGACUUUCGUGUCAGUCUUCAACAAGACAAUAGAGAAGCUGGAAAAGAAGAUCGACGACAUCGCCUUGAAUCUAUCGAAACCGGCACAAGGCAAGAAACUGGAUCAUUCUCCACCGAGAUUGAAGUUGAGACGGAUCCGUCGGCGAGGGUUGCUGAAGCGCAUACCAGAGGAAGAGUGGAGAAGAAGAAAGCGCAAGCACAUUCAAUAUGAAGAGGAUCGACUUCGAGAAGAACAACGUCGUCAAGAAGAAGAACAGCGUCGUCGAGAAGAAGAGCAGCGUCGCCAAGAAGAAGAACGUCGUUUGGCGGAAGAAGAACGUCUUCAGAGAGAGCAGGAGCGUCAACAAUAUCUUCACAAUCUUGUAAUGGAACUUGACGACCUCUACAAAGGUCGCUUCCUGCUUCCUCAAAGGAAAUUUGGUGAGAUACCGGAGGAGCCAGUACGUGUGGAGUGUUCCUUCUGUGGAAUAUAUGGAGACCACUUUUCGGAUUCUUGCACAUUUAUCACAGAUGGACGGGAACGUUACAAUUACAUCGAUCAAGAAAGUCGUUAUGUUUUUUUCAUUCCAUCGCCUCCGACGGGUCGAUGCCGCAUAAAAGAGCGAGGUUCGCGAACGUUCGAGCUUCUGCUUCGGCUUCUGCGUUCGGCUUCUGGCUCCUGUGCUCUGCUCUAA